AUGAAGUUUAUUGUAGAUGCACGGGGAAAAUAUUGGGAUGGAGAGAUAGAUAGUGUGAUAUCUGAAUCGUAUAUUCAAAUCGGAAAAUACAAUGUCAAAGAAAGUUUCAGUUCCAUUCUACAUACAAUACUCGACAAGUAUGGUGAUAUAGGUGCAAGUUGUGAUUUAGAAUCAUAUGUAAUGCGUUCCUAUUACAUGGAAUGUGUAUCUUUUGUGGUACAAGAAUCACAAUCUUCUUCUGAUUCAUUGACCAAGUCCAAAGUGAAUGAGUUGUUGGAUAUUGUUAAGGAUAUUGAAUCUGCUCAUCUUCGCGUCGCAUGGUUGCGUAACACGCUAGAUGAAAUUGCUGAAAAUAUUGAACUCAUUAGAAAACAUCAGGAUAUGGAAAUCGAAAAGGCUAAUUAUGAUCUUGAAAUGGAAUCGUUGAGAGAAAACCUGGAAUCGGAAUUGGUAACAUUGGCUCAGAAAGAACAAGAGAUUGCUGAUAUUCAUAUGAGAAUUCCUGAAAUUAGAGAUUGUUUGAAAAAUCUUGAGCAGCUCAUGUCUUCUGGAUUAGAAGAUGAGCAAACCAUGUUGCCUAUCAAGUCCAAGAUUGAUCAAUUAUUAUAG